AUGGGCAAAUUCUCCAAGGACAACAGCAGGGCUGAGAACAAAACACCAGCACAAAAAGCCUUCGAUGCAUUCCGUGCCGACCUAGAGGCACAAGAGCGUAAGAGCAAAGCCGAGGCACAGAAGCCAAAGCCACUCGUACCCAUCCGUCACGACGCCAUCGAGGUGUUACAAGAUGGAACCAGCAUCAAAGUGGAUAUCAACCUCAUUUCCAGCGACCCUAAGUCCCUCAUCAAGACAGAUAAGGAGAAGAUACAAACUGUGGAUUUCGAGGUCCUGAAUUCCCUGUUCACGUUCCAUGCCCAAGCACAAGACGUCACGAUGCACAUUAUGCUGCCACUGCCAAAGGAGACAAGCUUCGCUCUUGCACAGAAUCAACGGCGGUUUUACAAGAGUUUGGUCCACUGCCUCAACAGAUUCAACAAGCUCAAGGCCCCAAGAAUUCUCUUCAAUCUAAAGGCCAUCAAUAUCAAUUCCGAAGCAUCCUGGAUCCAGUUCAGCGAUGCGGUUAAUUUCUACAAAUUGAAGUUCGUCGAUUGGGAGCUCUAUCUCAAGUGUGCAGGAAAGCAAACGGAAAAGGUUGUAAUUGGAGGACGAAUCGACCGAAGGCUUGAGGGUCUCCGACGAAAGAUUAUGUCGGUCGCUGGGGCACGACGUGGAGAAAGCAGUGCCGAGAAGAAGGUAGCUGCAGUCGUCGAGACUCCGGCAGAAGGUGGUAAUGCCAACAAGAAGGCGACUGCCAUGAAAACCCCACCAAAUGAUUCCAAUGCCGACAAGAAAGUCGCAGAACUUGCAAACCAACUGAAAGAUAGCCGUAUUAGUCAAAAGUAG